GGGUUUUCUGCAAAUUUCACUGAUCGAAAUCAUAUUCCCGUAGAAAUCAAAUCUGAGAUCUCGAGCUCUAUUGGUUAUAGCAAAAAAUGGCGGCGGUAGCAGCACCGAUGGCUUCGAAGCCCCGUGGAUCUAAAGCAGAAUCGUUCGUAGACAACAAGCGGAGAGAAGAUAUCCGAUUCGCGAACAUCAACUCUGCUCGCGCCGUCUCUGACGCCGUACGUACGAGUUUGGGACCGAAAGGAAUGGACAAGAUGAUUUCCACGGCGAACGGUGAGGUAAUCAUCACUAACGAUGGAGCUACGAUCCUCAACAAGAUGGAGGUUUUGCAGCCAGCGGCGAAGAUGUUAGUCGAGCUUUCCAAAUCUCAAGAUUCAGCCGCCGGAGAUGGGACUACAACCGUCGUAGUAAUCGCCGGUGCGCUUCUCAAGGAGUGUCAGUCGCUUCUCACAAACGGGAUCCACCCUACUGUCAUUUCAGAUUCGCUUCACAAGGCUUGUGCUAAGGCGAUUGAUAUCUUGACCGCCAUGGCUGUUCCAGUGGAGCUCACUGAUCGAGAUUCACUUGUUAAAUCUGCGAGCACGUCGCUUAACAGUAAGGUUGUUAGUCAGUACUCUACAUUACUUGCUCCUUUAGCUGUAGAUGCGGUUCUCUCUGUUAUAGAUCCGGAAAAGCCAGAGAUUGUGGAUUUGCGUGAUAUUAAGAUUGUUAAGAAGCUUGGUGGGACUGUGGAUGAUACACAUCCGGUGAAAGGUUUGGUUUUUGACAAGAAGGUUAGUCGUGCUGCUGGUGGACCGACUCGUGUGGAGAAUGCUAAGAUCGCUGUGAUUCAGUUCCAGAUCUCACCUCCUAAGACUGAUAUUGAGCAGAGUAUUGUUGUCUCUGAUUAUACUCAGAUGGAUAGGAUCUUGAAAGAAGAGAGGAAUUACAUCUUGGGGAUGAUUAAGAAGAUCAAAGCAACUGGUUGCAAUGUGUUGUUGAUCCAGAAGAGUAUUUUGAGGGAUGCUGUGACUGAUCUAUCUCUUCACUAUUUGGCUAAAGCUAAAAUCAUGGUUAUCAAGGAUGUAGAGAGAGAUGAGAUUGAAUUCAUCACCAAGACAUUGAAUUGCUUGCCAAUCGCCAAUAUUGAGCAUUUUAGAGCUGAGAAGCUUGGCCAUGCUGAUCUUGUUGAAGAAGCUUCCCUUGGAGAUGGAAAGAUUUUGAAGAUCACUGGAAUCAAGGACAUGGGAAGAACUACUUCUGUUCUUGUUCGUGGCUCCAACCAGCUUGUUCUAGAUGAAGCUGAAAGGAGUUUACAUGAUGCCUUAUGUGUUGUUAGGUGUCUGGUGAGCAAGAGGUUCUUGAUUGCAGGAGGUGGUGCACCUGAGAUUGAGCUCUCAAGGCAGCUUGGUACUUGGGCUAAGGUUCUACAUGGGAUGGAAGGUUACUGUGUGAAGUCUUUUGCUGAAGCCCUCGAGGUUAUUCCUUACACACUGGCCGAAAAUGCAGGGUUAAACCCUAUCGCCAUUGUGACUGAACUCAGGAACAAGCAUGCUCAAGGGGAAAUCCAUGCAGGGAUCAAUGUGAGGAAAGGACAGAUCACUAAUAUCUUGGAGGAGAAUGUUGUUCAGCCCCUGCUUGUGAGUACCAGUGCAAUCACUCUAGCAACUGAAUGCGUAAGGAUGAUUUUGAAGAUUGAUGACAUCGUUACUGUGAGGUAGUGUGGUAGUUUCUUUCAAAACAGGUCCCAGAACACUUCUAUUGCUCUAUCUAAGCUUUUGUUUUUUUUUUUUUUAUGUUGUGUUUGCACAAUGGUUUUGAACUUAGACUCCUUUUCUUUCAACAUGUGCUAUUGCAGCUAAGUUGUUUAAUUUGUGGUUUAGUGCGAUUGUAUUUCUUUCUAGUGACUUGUGAUAUCAAGAUUUCUCUUUUUUUGUUUCAUAUGUUGACUAGUUUUGGUUAUAAAAGUCAAAAUUGUAG